UUACGCGUCUUUGUAUCGUCUAUUCUUCCCUUAUGUCUCCAUUACAGCGGGGCUGAAUUUAUAACUAGAGAGAGGGGGGGGGGGGAGGACAGAAAUGGGGAUUCAGAGGGCGACGGCACUGUUGGAAGAUCUGAUAGAGAAAGCGGGUGGUUGUGCCGUCGUGGACGGUGGUUUUGCCACCCAGCUUGAGAAACAUGGGGCCUGCAUUAACGACCCUCUUUGGAGCGCUCUUUGUUUGAUCAAAGAUCCUGAUCUCAUCAAACGGGUUCAUUUAGAGUAUCUAGAGGCUGGUGCAGAUAUAUUGGUAACUUCAUCUUAUCAGGCCACUCUUCCAGGAUUUCUAUCCAGGGGACUGUCUAUUGAAGAAGCAGAGUUACUACUAGAAAAGAGCGUCAAAUUGGCUGUCGAGGCCCGUGAUAAGUUCUGGGAUGCCGUUAGAAGGACUCCUGGGCACAGCUAUAAUAGGGCUUUGGUUGCAGCAUCCAUUGGAAGCUAUGGUUCUUAUCUUGCUGAUGGCUCAGAGUACAGUGGGAAUUACGGACCACGUGUGAAUUUGGACAUGCUGAAGGAUUUUCAUCGGCGCAGAUUGCAAGUUCUUACUAAAGCAGGUCCAGAUUUGCUGGCUUUUGAGACCAUUCCCAAUAAAUUGGAAGCUCAGGCCUGUAUUGAGUUGCUUGAAGAAGAGAAUGUCCAAAUUCCAUCUUGGAUCUGUUUCAGUUCCGUAGAUGGCGAGAAUGCCCCAUCAGGAGAGAGCUUUCAGGAAUGCCUCGACAUUAUAAACAAGAGUAACAAAGUUAGUGCAGUUGGAAUAAAUUGCGCACCACCCCAUUUUAUUGAAAAUCUCAUCCAGAAAUUCAAGCAGGUAAUUCUUACAGAACUGCUACUAUUCCCCAAAAUGAAAAUUUUAAUGUGAUUUAGAAGGCAUUUUUUUUUCCAUGUCCCCCAGUUAACUGGAAAGGCAAUAAUUGUUUAUCCCAACAGUGGUGAGAUAUGGGACGGCAUAGCUAAGAGAUGGGAGCCCUCGCAGUGCUUUGAUGACAAGAAGUUUCAGUUGUUUGCUACAAGAUGGCGCGAAGCAGGUGCUAAACUUAUUGGUGGCUGCUGUAGAACUACACCUUCAACCAUUCGUGGCCUUUCAAAAGUUCUAAAAGAAAGUUCCUGACAUCAAAGUUGGAUUGUUUUACUGCUAGUAGUGUGAUCCCCCAUUGUCAUCCAUUCUAGUUUCUUUUAUCCCUCUUUGUAGUGGGGUUCAUUUAUUGUAGUUCAUGCACUCUUAUUCCUUAAGAAGAAAAAAAGAAAGAAAUAGAGCAUAUGGUUUGCCCUUUUUCCCAACCUUAUUCAGAUUAGCGUUUGUUAUCUGGAGGCUUUGAAAGAAAGCGCACGUAGAAAUUUUAUGACCCAAAUUCUGUUUGCA